AUGAAACUCUUUGAACAGGAGCAUAUGUAUCAAUACGACUGGGGAACUGUCACGUCUGCCUUCCUGCAAAAAUACCCGAACAACGUGCAAAAUCACAUAAAGAGCAUUGACGUUACUGACAGAUGCAUCGACACGAAGGAGCAGACGCUCAGGAUGAGGAGGAUCGUCCACCUGCAGUACUUCAUUCCGAAGCUUUUCCGCAAUCUUCUUAACAUAGACGGUCGAGGCGUAGGAAUCGAAGACAUAGAUAUUAACCUGAGGGAGAAAAAAUUAACAAUGAGUACAGUUAACUACACUCUUACUCCCUUUGUCAAUUUGACUGAAAAAUGUGUGUACCUUCAGAAGGACGACGAUGAUAAUCAAACCCACUACAAGCAAACCACCACGUUGGACAUUAACGGAUUCAGUUACAUGAAGAGUUUUCUGGAACGGGCCAUAAUCAAUACGGUACGCGAAAAGAGCAAACAAGGAAUCAACAUAAUGAACGAGACCAUCAAGAGAGUAAUUAAUGACAACGUUGAUGUGGAUGAACAGGGGAAAGGAAAAAAGUAG